CCUCCCUCUCCUCGCACCACCAAGCAAGCGCACCACUCUGAUCAGCAUUUUGCUCCAAAAUCACCUACACACACAUACCAUGGUGGCAUCGAUGGCCUGCUCCUUCUUCUUCGACGACGAGCUGCUCGGCGAGCCCGGCAUGCCGGCGAUGGACGCGUGCGCGCUCUGCGCCAAGCCACUGGCGCGCGACAGCGACGUCUUCAUGUAUAAAGGGGACACGCCCUUCUGCAGCGAGGAGUGCCGCCACGAGCAGAUGCAGCCCGACGCCGUCUGCGACAAGCAGGCCGUGCGGAGACAGCAGCGGUUCUCGGCGGAGAAGGAGUCCCACCGUGGGCAGCGGCAGUCCAGGAAGGUGUCCGUCGCGAGCUAACUGGCCUGAGCGUGUUUUCUUUGAAUCAACAAGAUCUGUAUUCUGAAGAACCAUCGAUGUCUCCUUCUCUCCGGCCGGUGCUCUAGCCUGGACCGGUGGAGGCACCAGAUGCAGCUUGGCGUCGCCUGCGGUAUCAGGCGGCACGAAGCAUAGUUGCCUGUAGCUUCCCAUAUGUCCGUGUCAAGCUAAUUAAGCUGCCCGGGUGGUAGGAAAUUGUACCUGAUUCUUGGUCAGUCUGUGUUGUGCCGAUGAAUUCAUUUGCUUCGAAACGAAGUAGAAAAGGCCAUGGAUCUGAAGAAAGCAAUCAAACAUGAUUCA